GGGGAGUGAAAUCAAAUGACAGGAAACGUAGCCUGUCUUGGGAAACAUCUCCUAAGGGUGCGAGUUACUCGUCGUCCCAGGAAACCAGUGGAAGCCUAAUCAUCACAUGAGACUUUUGAAACUGGACUGGACAAAGCACUGGAGAACAGAUUGUAACGAACAAUCCAGUUCUGGACAAGGCGUGAAAUGUGCCAACAAUAGAAAACUUCCUUCUGUGGUGAUUUCAAAUGAUGCUGAGUUUCUUUCAGUGCCUACUUUUUUUUUUUUUUUUUUUUUUUUGGUAACUUAGUAGCUGUUAUGUCUUUGUACAUUUCACUCUGCUAAACCAAAAGGGGAGGAUGAAUACAGCAAAAACAGCAAUUGGUUGUUAAAACAACACAUUUUAUCUGUAUAGCAUCCAUCUAAAGUAUCCCUGGUGUUUUACGGGAAAACAAAUGUGGAUUAAAUGACUCAAAACAGGCCAGAUUUCAUCAGGACUUGGGCAGACUCUGCACAAGCCAGGUUUGGAGAUGGAUUGUAUGAUUCCUACAUGAGAAUAGAUCAAAUUAGGUACCCAGAUCCUACAAAUGAAGAACACAGCCCUUCUGGACUUCCUUCACUUGGGAGAUCAAAUGUUACUAGCAACAAACUCACUAUGAAAGAUCAUCCUCUGACUGGAAGUCAGGUCAAAGUUGAGCAACUAUUUGAGGACUCUGGCAAUAAGAGGAGCAGUACUCUUCAGUCUGCAGGAAUCAGUAGUUCCGAAAGAUCUCUUCCUUCCCUGUCAAAAGAUAAAAGUAUAGACAGCUUAAGCACAGCCAAAUCUUGUGGAAGUUCAUCAAAAGUGCGCAAAGCUAUCUCUCAGGCUCCAGAGCAAGCAGUGAAGCAAUAUAAACAUCAGUUAUCUGCUUACGAGCAGCAAGAAAUAUGUAACUUUUCUGAAAUUUACUUUGUGGGUCCAAAUGCAAAAAAGAGGCAAGGAGUAGUCGGUGGCCCCAACAACGGAGGAUAUGAUGAUGACCAAGGUGGAUACAUUCAUGUGCCUCAUGACCAUCUGGCUUACCGAUAUGAAGUACUUAAAAUAAUUGGAAAGGGCAGUUUUGGACAAGUAGCUAAAGUUUAUGAUCAUAAACUCCACCAGCAUUUGGCCUUAAAGAUGGUUCGCAAUGAGAAGAGGUUUCACCGUCAAGCAGCAGAGGAAAUUCGGAUUUUGGAGCAUCUCAAGAAACAGGAUAAAACUGGCAGCAUGAAUGUUAUUCACAUGCUAGAAAGUUUCACCUUUCGGAACCACAUAUGUAUGACCUUUGAGCUCCUGAGCAUGAACCUGUAUGAGCUGAUCAAAAGAAAUAAAUUUCAAGGGUUCAGUGUGCAGCUGGUACGCAAGUUUGCCCACUCUAUAUUACAAUGUUUGGAGGCUCUUUAUAAAAACAAAAUCAUACAUUGUGACCUGAAGCCAGAAAAUAUACUUCUAAAACAGCAAGGGCGGAGUGGCAUCAAGGUUAUUGAUUUUGGGUCCAGCUGCUUUGAGCACCAAAGAGUCUACACAUAUAUUCAGUCUCGAUUCUAUAGGGCCCCAGAAGUCAUUCUGGGAAGUCGCUAUGGGAUGCCCAUAGACAUGUGGAGUUUUGGUUGUAUUCUGGUGGAACUGUUGACUGGAUAUCCUCUUUUUCCUGGAGAAGAUGAGGGAGACCAACUGGCUUGUAUGAUGGAGCUUCUUGGAAUGCCACCUCAGAAGCUUUUGGAUCAAUCCAAGCGAGCCAAGAACUUCAUCAACUCCAAGGGUCAUCCUCGCUACUGCACUGCAACUACACAUACAGAUGGGAAAGUGAUCCUCAAUGGCAGUAGAUCACGCAGGGGUAAAAUGCGUGGUGCUCCAGGCAACAAAGACUGGGUGACAGCGUUGAAAGGCUGUGAUGACCCCUUGUUUAUAGAAUUCUUAAAAGAAUGUCUUAACUGGGAUCCUUCUGCACGCAUGACUCCAAGUCAAGCUUUAAGACACCCUUGGAUUUGUAAGCGAAUGCCCAAACCACCCAGUACUGAUAAAAGCAUGGGUAAACGGAUAUCUAACUACACAAGCUCCUUCCCAGGAAUAGGUUCUAAGUUGCCUCCUGUAGUUGGAGUGGCAAACAAACUGAGGGCUAAUUUAACAUCUGAAUCAAAUGGCAGUAUACCUCUAUGCACUGUACUACCAAAACUGGUCAGUUAAUAGAAAAUUAUGUAUUCCCAGAAUACAUACCUUGUAUUUUAAUUAUCUGCUAGAAACGUGUAAGGUGGUGAAAUGCAGAGGUUUUUAAUGGAUUUACUUUUCAUUAAACACUAAAUCUUGUACA